GGGCUGGCUUGAAAUGCGCCUGAUCUGGGCAGGCUGAUGAAAGUAGAGGCGCACUGUGGGGAGAGAGGAAAAAAGUUCUCAACAAGGAGAGGCAGGACUACUCUUACGGAGCCCCUGCAGUCUCACUUUUUAUGCCUCUAAAACACUUUCCCUGCCAUUCUUUUGCAUUUUUACCUUGCUACAUCGCUUCUACGUUUCCCUGAGAGAAAUACUACUUUUUUUUUUUUUUUUUUUUACUUAAGUGAAAGCACCAGCAGCACCAUGGAGUUGCUCUGCCUCGAAAUGGACACCAUCAUACGAGCUCGUCCCGAUCCGAACCUCCUGUUUGAUGAGAGAGUCCUGCAGAGCUUGUUGAGAAUAGAGGAGAGGUUUCUACCCCAAUAUUCCUAUUUCAAAGGCGUCCAGAAAGAUAUCCAGCCGUUUAUGAGAAGGAUGGUCGCUACUUGGAUGUUAGAGGUUUGUGAGGAGCAGAAGUGCGAGGAAGAAGUUUUUCCCUUGGCCAUGAACUACUUAGACAGAUUUUUAGCCGUGGUACCCACCAAAAAGUGUAACCUGCAGCUGCUGGGAGCAGUGUGCAUGUUUCUUGCAUCCAAAUUGAAAGAGACUCGUCCAUUAACCGCAGAGAAGCUUUGCAUCUACACAGAUAACUCCAUCAGACCACAGGAGCUGCUGGACUGGGAACUGGUGGUGUUGGGGAAGUUGAAGUGGAACUUGGCAGCAGUAACGCCGAACGACUUCAUCGAGCACAUUGUGAGGAGGCUGCCGCUGCCCGAGGAUAAGCUGGCACUUAUACGCAAACAUGUCCAGACCUUCAUCGCCCUAUGCGCCACAGAUUUCCGAUUCGCCAUGUACCCCCCCUCCAUGAUUGCCACAGGAAGUGUGGGGGCAGCGAUCUGCGGCCUGCAGCUGGACUCAGCUGACCAGUCACAGUGGGGCGACAGUCUGACAGACCUGCUGGCUAAAAUCACAAACACAGAAGUGGACGUCCUCAAAGAGUGCCAGGAGCAGAUUGAGCGUGUGUUAGUGAGCAGCCUGCGUGAGGGCCGGCAGCAGCAGCAACAGCAGCAGCAGACACAGAGGGGACCCAGCGGUAAGGGCUUGGACGAGCUGGAUCAAUCCUCCACUCCGACAGACGUCCGCGAUGUCAACUUGUGAAACACCAGAGGGCGUCGUUGCACAGGAUUUACAAAAGAAAAAAGCAUCAUGAAAAAAAAACUCAAUUUUCUUAAAAGCAGAAAAAAAGAACAAAAGAACAAAAAAUGUUUUAAAAAAAACACAAGCCCUUUAAAAGAAAAAGAACAAUGCUUGCUAGUUUUUUUUUUUUUUUGUUUGUAGAUUCUCUGUUCUUCAAGUCAAAAGAAACCUGCCCAUGAAAUAGAUUUUCUAUGAUGUUCUAGUCUAAAAGCAACCAAUUUGAUACCAGAUAAAGCCCUGAGGUGCCUUGGAUAAACAGAAGGGAAUCCAAUCAUUUUCUGCCUUUGAUUGUGUAAUAUGAUCUUUAAGUUAUAUUUUAACCAUAGCUUGAUAAUGAGGCUGUUAUGGUAGAAGUUGUGGAAACCAUUCAGAAAUGACAUGGUGGGGCUCACUUCUUUUUUUUUUGUCUCUGAUGAGUAUUAUCAUUAUUACAUUCGUGGCCGAAGUAAGAGGUCCUGUCUUACAGAAGGUCCACAUGAGACGGACAGAAGAAGCUUUGAGAACGUUAUGCUGAGCAUUGGUUGGUCCCAAUUCCAUGGAAGAGACGGGAUGAUAAUAAUUAGCGGUAGUAUUAGUAAUUAUUAUUAAUAUUAUUAUUGGACAUAUUUUGGAACUGAGUAGUAGAAAUCAAUAAGCUCCUUUUGUCAGGCUGCUUGUGUGUCAGUUGAUGGUUGUGGUGUGUGUGUGUGUGUGUGUGUGUGUGUGUGUGUGUGUGUGUGUGUGUGUGUGUGUGUGUGUGUGUGUGUGUGUGUGUGUGUGUGUGUGUGUGUGUUUGUAUGUAUGUAUGUGAAUACCCAGAGUGUAUGUGUGUGUGUGUGUGUGUGUGUGUGUGUGUGUGUGUGUGUAUGUGUGUGUGUGUGUGUGUGUGUGUGUGUGUGUGUGUGUGUGUGUGUGUGUGUGUGUGUGUGUGUGUGUGUGUGUGUGUGUGUGUGUGUGUGUGUGUGUGUGUGUGUGUGUAUGCGCGCGUGCUAUAUGUGAUCCUGUAUCUAUAUUAGCAGUGAGCAUUCUAUGGCGUGAGGCACUUGAGUCAGGUUGUUGACUUUACGGCUCUAGGUUAAAAGACUACGGAGAAAUCGGAGGCUACACAUACUUUGUCCAUCAGUAAAACAGGGCAUCUAUGCUACAUCACUGCCUUCAUGCAUUAUCUAUGUAACAUGGUUCAUUGUUGGCCAACAAUAAACUUAUGUGCAUGCACUAUGAGUGAGACCGAUUUAACAAAAGAGGGUUUGGGCGCAGGGAGUUUCACUUAGAGACCAUAAUCUUUCUGAGAGCAUUUUUCCUUACAUUAGGUGAUUAUUACUGCCAUUCUGUUAAUGAAAUAUUACAGAUCCUUCAUUCUUUUUCACGUUGUUACGGUAUGGUGUUUCUUUAGUUGUGAUAGGCUGCCUAAUGGACUCACAUGUGAACAUAACGUGUGAAAACAGGACAAAGUUAAGCAAAGCUUUUUUAAAGUCUGGAGGACGUUUUCGACUCCUGUAUUAGUGAGCAGGACAUGGAUAGGAUUGGAAAGAGAGGGACAGUUUACAACUAAGACGUCACUGUGGAACUGUGGGAGGCACAUGAGUGCACCGCACAGUGUGGUAGGACAGAGAGGGUUUUAGUGGUGCAGGAGCAUGCUGCUGUGGAGGAUUUACAGCCAGUGGCUGGAAGAUGAUGACGAACAAAAGAUGCCAAAAGGCCUUACCAUAAAACUCUUGAUAUCUUGCAUAUUUGGAUGGAAUCAACGUUGAUUUCCCAUAAUGGAUGUCUAAAAUGACACAGCUUAGUGAACAAGUGCAAAUUAAAUGAGGAACUAAGCGUGUACGCUGCCAAGUCAUGUGAGGAUGAACUUUCUUGGGGGGGUAGAAGAGUACCUGAUGAUAAUAUACUGUCAAUGCAUCUGGAGUCCCACAUAGGGUUGUUUUUAGCUCCCCUAUAUGAUUUCAAUGGUAAAGCACUUUGAGAACAUGCUCCCCAGGAGAACAGUCAGAUGAAAUGCGAUGGGUGUUGAUUGGAGGUGAAUGGAUGUUUUCUUUUUUUUUUUUUUUUCUUGUUAGCCUUUUCUUUGGUUUACUUUGUAGGGCUGGUUUCCCAAUCAUCACACAUAUACCCUUUUUAAGCAAGAUUCAAAUUUAAAAAGCUUGCCACAAGGACAUUCCGAUAAGAAAAAAAAAAACAUUCCUGUUAAAGCAAAGUGCAAGUCAAUGGGGAGUCCAACUGUUUGAUAGAAAUUUAAACAAAUGAAAUAUUGAAAUUUGAAUUUGAAAACGCUUACACACAGAGUUCACUGAUCCAUGUUUUUAUUUUACUGUCAAGAAAUGAAAUAUUUGUUUUUACUUGAAUUUUCUUUUCUUCAUAUUUAUCUGCAUCACAGCCACAGUUAGUCACACAGGGCAGCAAUGAGCAACGAGAGACGGUGGUUGUAACAUCCUAUUUGCACAUGUUCUUUUAAAUGAGGUCUGCAUUUUAAAGACAGAGCAGAGGAUUUGUUCCAAACCACCUGAACUGAUGCGUGUCGCCGUGGUUGGUCAGUGUUUCAUGGUGCUGGCUCGUGUAUUUAAGGCUGAUUGUCUGUGAACACAUCUGUCCCCUGUGAGCUUUGCUGCUUUAAAUCAUUUACAAAGGGGUUCAUCAGCAAAACAGACAUCAGCACAAAUCAAGAGACGGAUGACUUGUUUUUGGGGUUCUACUUGGGCACAGCAAGGUGUCUUUGACUUAAUGCUUGAGUUUUUUAAUGACAGUAUGUGACUUUGCUGAGUGUAUGUUUGUCAGACUGAAGAAAAAUGUGGGGAUCUAAUGUUUAAGUGAUGUUUUUUUUCAGUAAAAUUGGGCAAUUGAAAGACAUAUUUGCCGAAACAUCCCCAUUUGAAUAUUUGAUAUGACCUUUUCAUUUUGCCUCUGUUUGCCUGAUGUAAGCUCUCUCCCAAACUUAACGGUUGUGAUUUUUUUCUUUCCUGCAAUAUAUUGUUGCAUGUGUUAUAUAAUGAGAUCACCAUUCAAUUUGUGUUUGAUAUAUUUUAUGGGGUGACCAGACCCACAAAAGCGUUUUUCUAAGAUUUAGAGAUACUGUAUUCCAAAGUGAAGAGAGGACAGAGGAGGAGGAGGAGGAGGAGGUGUGAAGACAUCAAGAAAAAAGUGUCAAUAUUUUUUAUUGAGUUAUUGUUGUCUUUUUGCGCUGCUAAAAGCUAUGAAUUUGUUUCAUUUAUACAAAAAAAAUAACAUUACCUAGUCGUGAUGUGUCACUUGAGUGUGCUGCUAUUUUAUAAACAUUUGUAUUAUAAUAUAAUUAUUUUACUGCUAAAGAGAUACAUUCAGAAAAACGAAGUAGAUGGUGAUAGAAGAACAUGAAAUGAGUAUUCGACUGGAAAUGUUCUUUGUACAGUUUGCUUAGAUAGCAUGUCUCCUUUCCCCCUUUUUUUAAUCUAUUGCUCUCCUUAUUCAGUCACAUUGUGCGUCAGUGGUAUUUCUUAUACCUCAGGAUUACUGGACAAAAGACAUCAAACAAAUCCAUCACCUAUACCUCUGCAGUUACCCGGGAACGGAGAAGGAGUGGGGGUGGGGAGGUUGAAGCAACGACAAAUUAGCAUCUUUUGUGGAGGGUUCCCGCUGUUUAACUGGGGAAACAACUCUGCUUAGUGAGAUGGGAAACAGGAAAUAUGCAACAUUUCCACUUGGACUCUAUAUUGGAGGGGGCGGGCACAACAACAUUGCUUGGGAAGUGUUUAUUCCGUAGAUAGUUCAAUAAUGUUCAUAUCUGUUCAUGUUGGUGCUACAUCCUUGUUGUGUGCAAGAGAGGGAAAAGCAUUCCUAUGAUGGCCAAAGUACACUUCUUGCUUUAUACAACCACAAUGACUCUGAAUGUCAGUAAAUAUGGAUUCUGUAUUUGAGAAAACAUAUGUUUUGGUCUGAAAUAUUGUGUGUGCGUCAUUGUUACUUCCAAAUUAAAAUGAGUUGUGCUACACUUAUCAUGUGCAGGCUUAAAUAUUUUGGUAUGUGGAAGUGUCAAUGGUGCAGAUUUCCCUAUGAGACCCCCCUCCACUAUAACUCAUAUCAUGUACCUCAAAUGUCUGUUGCACAACCUCUGUUCAAUAAACUUCUGCUUUAAAGGGUGUGACACCACAUCAGCUCACUA